ACCAGCCCUGGAAUCGAGAUGACAGAUUGAUUUUCCUUCCUUGCCAUUAGAAUCCAAUUCCACCAACCAACAAACCUUCAACCUUAGAAUUCAAUUACUGACUCUGAAAACCCAAAUCGAUCAUUCAUCAGCAACAAGUAGGACUAUUCUAUUAGUUUGUGAUUCAUAUUCAGAUCUGCAAAUUAACCUCCUCUUUCGUUUUCUUCUUUUCUGUUCGAUCAGUUAUUAUUUUGUCUAUGGGAAUCUCAACUUGUUUAACCUAACAAAACAAACAAUGCUGAGAAUUGCACCGCAUACCUCCUCCUGACAAACAACAAAACCUCUGAAAGUGGAGACUUUCAAGAAGAAAUUCAUCUCAGUUUUUGAGGUGAUUUUUCAUCAUAUCUCUUCUCCUGCUCCUUCAAUAGAUAGGUUUCUAACCUACAUGAAAUUGAGGAACACAGGAGCUAGGGAAGCUGCUUCAAUUCAAAUGGGGAGCUUCAAUAAUGUGGAGUAUACUGAAGUUGAUAUGAGAGGGGUUCCAGUCUUGGAUAAUAUCAAAAAAGUUUCUAUGGUGCCCCUCAUUUUUCUCAUCUUCUAUGAGGUAUCUGGAGGACCAUUUGGUAUUGAAGACAGUGUUAAAGCAGCUGGCCCUCUCCUUGCACUUGUUGGUUUUCUGGUUUUUCCCUUCAUAUGGAGUGUCCCCGAAGCGUUAAUCACUGCUGAAAUGGGUACCAUGUUUCCAGAGAAUGGAGGUUAUGUUACCUGGGUUGCAUCAGCUUUGGGUCCUUACUGGGGUUUUAUGCAGGGUUGGAUGAAAUGGCUUAGUGGGGUUAUUGAUAAUGCUCUGUACCCUGUGCUGUUUCUUGAUUAUUUGAAAUCAGCUAUCCCUGCUCUAGGUGGAGGCUGGCCGAGGGCAUUGGCAGUUGUCAUUUUAACAAUAGCUUUUACUUACAUGAACUAUAGAGGUUUAACUAUUGUGGGGUGGUUCGCUGUCUUCUUAGGAGUCUUCUCAAUUAUUCCUUUCAUGGUUAUGGGAUUUAUUUCAAUCCCCAAAUUGGAACCUUCCAACUGGCUUGCGGUAGAUAUUCAUAACGUCAGUUGGGGUUUAUAUCUCAACACUCUAUUUUGGAAUUUGAAUUAUUGGGAUUCAAUCAGUACACUGGCGGGAGAAGUUGCUAACCCAAAAAGGACUCUUCCAAAGGCUUUGUUUUAUGCCCUAAUCUUGGUUGUCUGUGCAUACUUCUUCCCUCUUCUUAUUGGUACGGGUGCUGUCCCAGUUGAACGUGAUUUGUGGACUGAUGGAUAUUUUUCAGACAUUGCAAAAAUCAUAGGGGAAGUCUGGUUGAGAUAUUGGAUACAAGGUGCUGCAGCAUUAUCAAACAUGGGAUGUUUUGUAACAGAGAUGAGCAGUGAUUCUUUCCAACUUCUCGGGAUGGCAGAACGUGGAAUUAUUCCUGAGUUCUUUGCCAAGAGAUCACGUUACGGUACCCCUUCAGUUGGUAUUUUGUUCUCUGCUUCAGGAGUGCUUUUGUUGUCCUGGAUGAGCUUUCAGGAGAUUGUAGCUGCAGAAAACUUUCUUUACUGUUUUGGGAUGAUACUGGAGUUUAUAGCAUUUAUUCGCCUAAGGAUGAAGUACCCUGCAGUGGCAAGACCUUAUAAAAUUCCUGUUGGAACGGUCGGUUCUAUAUUAAUUUGUGUGCCUCCAACUAUAUUGAUUUGUGUGGUUUUAGCUCUCGCUUCUGUGAAGGUAAUGCUCGUAAGUUUCGCAGCAAUAGUGGUUGGGUCCGUUUUGCCACCUUUAUUUGGAUACACUGAGAGAAGGGGAUGGUUAAAGUUCUCUACCAGCGCUGCUCUUCCUGAUCUUUUCACUUUAAAUCGAGACAGUUCCCAGUCUUUAGUCCGUUAAUAUGGUAAAGGGGUUUUCCUUCUAAACUUAUGAUGGAUAACCACGAGGGCGAAUUCUAAGACAUGAAUGUGAACGAUAUCUGUUUGUGGGAAUCCCUAUCUUACGGGAACAGCCUCUACUCGGGUAAUACACAAAUGCGCUCUUCAAUGACUUAUGUUGAUGUUGCUUUUUAUAAUUGUGAAAAGGAUAUCAUGAUGCCUCCGCUGUCAUAGAUCAUACUUAUGUUAGAAUUAGAGAAAAAACUUAGAUGUUAUCUUGUUUAGAGUUAAAAUCUUCCUUCCAGGUGGUGUAUGUUACUAAUAGUUCGAAGUUUCAACCCAUGUUUCUUUACUGAUCUCUGUUUUUAGUUCUUGCUUUCUUACCUGGUUGUUAGCCAGCUGUUUUUACAUGGUUAAAGUGUGGAUUGAUGACUUUACUAAAGUAGUUAAAACUAUUCAAGACAAUGUACACCAUGGUUUUAUAUGGGUUUCUAUUGUAAUCUGCUGUUCUUAUGAUAAACUGAAAUACUCGAGACUUUUAGUUUAUGAAAUAGUUGAUCACUUCUUUUUUUCU